AAGAAGCAUAAAGUGUGCUGUGCCCUGGCUAGAGUGCCAUGGUGCCAGUGUGGACGCCCUGGUCUAUUAAUGCACUCUGAUAGGCCUCCAUGAAGUGUCGCACAAUGCCUGUUCCAGCCACUCUGGUCAUCACUUUGAACUCUAUUGCCCUGCCCUCAGGUGACCAACCGUCAGACCUGCCUUUUAAAUUCUCUGGGAAUUUUGGAAUUCCCCUUCUUGUUUUCUCAGCAAGUCAUGUAGUGCUCUCAGUGCAUCUUUCCAAGUGACCAUGCCUUCACGUUCCAGGCAAUCCCCAGUAUGGAGCAAUGGAGAAGUUCUGGACCUCAUCAGUGUUUGGGGAGAGGAAGCUGUCCAGUCCCAGCUGUGCUCUAGCUGUAGGAAUUACGAUACCUAUGGGCAAAUAUCAAGGGCCAUAAUAGAAAAGGGCUAUGACCAGGAUGCAGUGCAAUGCAGGGUUAAAGUGAGGGAGCUGCGGACUGCCUACCACAAAGUGCGGGAGGCAAACCACCAUGCAGGUGCUGCCCCCACGACCUGCCGUUUCUACAAAGAGCUGGACAAGAUACUUGGGGGCAACUCCGCCUCCACUCCAAAGAGCACCAUGGACACUUCAGAGGCCAUAGCAGCACACAGUUCAACAAGGCAGGAGGAGGAAAGUGGGAGUGAGAGUGCUGAAGAGGAGGGGAGCCCAGAGCCAGAGGACAGCCCGGCAUCCCUAGAUACAUGCAGCCAGGAGCUGUUUUCAAGCCAGGAGGAAGGUAGCCAGUUGCAGUGCUUGGGGAAGAACAAACAGCAGAGGAGGUGCCUGGAUGCAACUUUGAGAUCCCACCCGUCCUUGUUAUCAACUGCCAAAAGGCUGCAAAGAAUCAGGAAGCAUCCGCGAAGAAGCAAAGAGGACCUUCUGCAUGAAGUCAUGCAGCAGUCCCUUACUGAAAAUCGAAAAGUACAUGAGUGGCAGGAGACCAAAAGGAGGCUCUGUCAGCAGAAUGCAGAUCACUGCCACCAAAGCACGGAGCGACUCCUAAGCAUUAUAGAGCACCAAGUGGACUUGAUGCAGGUGCUCAUAGCAGACGGAGCAGAUCUGCGCCCCUCUUCCCCUCCCCCCUCACAGCCCUUGUCCCAAAACUCUUUCCCUUGUGUCCCCAUGUCACUGCCAACCCACUGCCCCCAACAUCCAGUUUCUUAUCGCCACCAGCUGCCUCUAACACCUGUAGCUUAACCACCCAGCCCUGCAAACUAUGACCCUUAUCCACUGCACUCAACCCCAUCACCAUGCGUGUUAGCCAGCCUGAAGUGCAGCACUGAUUGCACAGCACUCCAGACAGGAAGGCUGACUAUGAUAACAGGACAUAUGCAAAUCUGUGAUUGCCCUGUUCCCCACCCCACCCCCUUUCCUCCUCCCACACAGCACAGAUGUGUCAUGCCAUGUGUGUUUCCCCAGUUUCUUUUCAAUAAAUGAUUUUUUUGGCUUUGCAAACAUUCUUUAUUGCAUUAAGUAAAAGAUAGCAUAGCCCAGGAAAGCAACAGGCAGUGCAAGUCAGUGCAUCAUACAUAGCAAACACAGAUGCCUACUAGCAUUGGAAUCCUGUGCAGGGUACCAAACAUUACUGGUGUCUUUCAGAAUUGAAUUGCUCCCUCAAGGCAUCCCUAAUCCUAACAGCCCCACACUGGGCCCCUCUAAUAGCCCUGGUCUCUGGCUGUUGAAAUUCAGUCCCAGGUGUUGAACCUCGGUGGUCCAUGCUUGAGUCAAGCUUUCACCCUUCCCUUCACAAAUGUUAUGGAGGGUACAGCAGCAGCUAUAACCGUGGGAAUGUUGUCAUUGGCCAGGUCCAGCUUCCCAUACAGAGAGCGCUAGCGGCCCUUUAAACAUCCAAAAGCACACUCUGCAGUCAUUCUGCACCAGCUCAGCCUGUUGUUGAACCACUCCUUGCUGCUGUCAAGGAUCCCUGUGUAGAAUUUCAUCAGCCAUGGCAUUAAAGGGUAAAUGGGGUCUUCAAGGAUCACAAUGGGCAUUUUGACUUCCCCUACAGUGAUCUUCUGGUCUGGGAAGAAAGACCCGGCUUGCAGUUUCCUGAACAGGCCUGUGUUCUGAAAGAUGCAUGCGUCAUGCACCUUUCCAGACCAGCCUGCGUUAAUGUCCAUGAAACGCCCACGGUGAUCCACAAGUGCCUGGAGAACCAUCAAGAAAUGCCUCUUCUGAUUUAUGUACUUGGAGGUUAGGUGGUCUGGUGCCAGAAUUGGAAUAUGUGUCCCAUCUAUCGCACUUCUGCAGUUAGGGAAACCCAUUUGUGCAAAACCAGCCACAAUAUCCUGCACGUUACCAGAGUCAUGGUUUUGAGCAGGAUGCGAUUAAUGGCCCUCCAAACUUGCACCAACAUGAUUCCAACGGUUGCCUUUCCCACUCCGAACUGGUUAGCGACCAAUCGGUAGCUGUCUGGGGUUGCCAGCUUCAAGACUGCAAUAGCCACAUGCUUCUCCACCGGCAGGGCAGCUCUCAAUCUUGUGUCCUUGCACUGCAGGGUGGGGUGAGCUCAGCACACAGUUCAAUGAAAGUGGCUUUCCUCAUCCAAAAGUUCUGCAGCCACUGCUCGUCAUCCCAGACUUGCAUAACGAUGUGAUCCCACCGCUCAGUGCUUAUUUCCCAAGCCCAAAAGUGGCAUUCUACUGUGGUGAACAUGUCUGUGAAUGACACAAGCAAUCUUGUGUCAUCUGCGUUAUAUGAGUCGACAUCAUCGUCAGACUUCUCACUGUCACUUUUUAGCUUAAAGAGUAACUCAAUUGCAAUUGGUGACAUGCUGGCAAGACCCAUCAGCAUAUACCUCACAAUUUCGGGAUCCAUUCCCGCAGACCGAAAGGGAAGACAGAACACACAGUACAAAAGCCGUUGAUGGUGCCAAAUGUGGACAGGGGCACAGGGAUUUCUGGGACGCGAAGCAAUGCAUCACAGGGCAUUGGGACAGGACCCAGAAUGUCCCCUGCCCCCUUUCCCCCUUCCCUUUCCCACAAUCUACAGCACCAGAAUGGGAAGAGGUGCUCUGUGGGAUAGCUGCCCAUAAUGCACCGCUCCCAAUGCCACUGCAAGUGCCGCAUAUGUGGCCAUGCCACUGCGGUGGCAGCUGACAGUGUGAAUACACAGCAGCACUUUCCCUGCUCCAGUCUCUGAGGGCUGGUUUAAUUCCAGGCACUCUACAUCUGCAAGUGGAAGCAUGGCCUUAGAGAACAUGCUCGUUUAAAGUUGUGCAAUGCUCCUUUAUAAUGUUGUUUGGCAGCUGCUUGCAAGAAGAGCAGCCCAUGGGAGCUAGCUGGUGGGGGCUUGGAACCAGGGUGGACCGUCAGCCCCACUAUCAGCUCCCCCUAAGUUUCCUGUGUGAAGCCACUCAGCAGGCUAUCAAUU